CAGGAACCAGUGGAAGGGAGCUUGACAAAUCAAGAUGGCGCCCCACGCUGAAGCAGGAAAGAGAUGUCAGUAUAAAUAAAACUCAUUCGGAGAUAAGUUUAAUUUUGAGUGCCGCCUCGUCGAGACGCUAGUUGGAAUUUGAAGGAACAAGACGGAGCAGAUACAGGAGUCUCUAAAUGGCUGAAAGGAAGUCUGGAUCAGACGCAUACAACAAUGGACCCAUCAGCUACCUUGAAGAUGUUCCCUUCAAGAUCAACGACAAGUUCCGCUGCCCGGCCAAAGUAGGACUGCCUGUUGGUUUCUGUCUACCAGACUGCGGCUCAUUACUGGUGGACACACAGUAUGACUUUACUCUGGAGAGGCGUAGUGUGCGCUGGGGGGUUGAAUUGGCUGAGGCCAGACGAGCAGAGGCCAGAGCAGAAGAGGCAGCAGCCAAGCAGGAGGCAGAGAGCAGGGACCGCUUGGCGCAGGCCAAGGACAUUGAUGGUAGUGAAGGCAGGAAAACCAAGCCUGCUGCAGAGGACCAAGACCUUCUACCACCAGCAUUGAACCCCGUCCUGGCGGGGCUGAGCCAUAAUGACAUCCUCACUCCACUGCCUGCCGCAAGCCUUGGCCCAAGGAAAAUCCCGCCAAGCACUACCCAGCAGCACUGUCUCAACCUAGCUGACUUUGAGCGUGAGGAGGACCCCUUUGACAAGCUUGAGCUCAAAACUUUGGACGAUAAGGAGGAGCUCAGGAGCAUCCUCCAGAGCCAGCCCCAGCCUCAACCUCAACCGCCUCCCUCUGUAUCCCAACCAGAGGUUUCCCAGAGGGGGCCUGAGUCGCGUGGAAACAGCCCGUCCCCUCCUAGCACCAACACCAGCCUCACAGCCAAACCUGGCUUUGCACAUAAACCCAAUGGGUUGGUUGCCUUGCUGGACAUGGACAGAGUUGGGCAUCCUGGGAGAACAGGGUUUGACACGGAUGAUCGACCCUGCAAUAUCCGCUCUCUCACUUUUCCAAAGCUCACUGACUCUGGUGACCCAGAGCCAGUGAGGUAUAGCCCACUCCCUGCACCCAUCCCCACUUCCCGACAGAACCUUCCAAACGGCAGCCCGCCGACCAUACCCAAAACCCAAGUUAUUGUUGCCCCUGAGCCUCAAGGCCAUGUCAAGAGUGGCGCACCAAAACCGGCUUACCCAGGAUCAGGGUCAGCUUGUCUGCCGUGUGGUGGGGCCCUUCUCAGCAUGACCCCCAGCGAGCGCCAAUGUGUGGAAACCCUUGUGGGCAUGGGCUACUCGUAUGAGGGUGUACUACGGGCCAUGCAGAGACAAGGGCAGAACGUGGAGCAGGUGCUGGACUAUCUGUUUGUCCAUGGACGUCUGUGUGAGCGGGGCUUCGAUGCAAGUGCAGUGGAGGAGUGUUUAGAGAUGUACCAGUGUUCUGAGGAAAAGGCCCUUCAGUUUCUUGAGCUCAUGUCAAGAUUUGGUGAAAUGGGGUUUGAACGAGAUGCCAUCAAAGAAGUUCUGCUGGUCCACAACAACGAUCAGGACAAGGCUUUAGAGGACCUGAUGGCCCGAGCUGCGGCUAGCUGAGCUAAGCUAACCAGCCAACUGAAGCCCAGCCCAUGGCUUGCCUCCCGCUACUGGCCAACACAGCCCCUUUCCUUCUGCCUACCCUAUCACACCAUGCUCUGCCCUUGCCUCGGUUGUGGAUGGGACAGCUGGGAGACAGUUGUAUUUCUCUCUGUGCUAAAAUGUAUUGUGUCUCAGCACUUCUUACAGACUCUGUGCCUAGAGUGGAGGGGGUCAAAGGGUAACAAUUAUUCAUGGUGGUGUUGUUUUUCUACGAAAUCCUCGAAUGUGGUUCCAGGAUUUGGUACUUCUAGGGUAUUUAAAAUGGAAAGAACAUAUUGGCUGUAAAGGAGAAACUGGAAGAAUUGGGCUGUGGCAUUUAAUGCUGUUCUGGUUUACUUCCAAAUGGAAGUGUUUAAGUGACUGCAGGACUGAAUGGGACGCUGAUAGCAGCCUCUGAGUACGUCAAAGAGACCAGUUUGAACUCUUCCACUGCUCACUGCAGACCUAGUAAAUGGUGGAGGGAAUCGGGUCUUGAAGAGGCUCUCUUCCGAUUAAACCAACCAACAUUUAAAGUAAAAAAAGACAUAUAUAAAAACAAAAAAAAGGUUUGAGAAAAGGUUUAAAAAAAAAAAAGGUCAGGUUGCCAGAAAGGUAACUGAGUCUCAAGAAGUGCCCUCUCUGCUCUGGUGCCCUGCAGCGUGUUCUUCUGUUCUACUUUAUUCUUUCAUUUGUUCAUAUCUAUUUUUGUCUUCAUCUGGGCACUUUUGUCAUCUGAUAUUGAAGACACCAUUUAUUUGCUUUCUGUUUUAGGAACUGCACAAUUAGAUCCUCAGUCAUUAUUACUCCAAACAUAACAUAUACUACUGCCCCAGCAGGCUCUUUGACCUGCACUGGAAUGGCCUCUUAAAGGAGCGGGGAGAAAUGAAAACGUUUCUCCAUAGGAAAUUACACAAAAUAUCCCCUAACCCAUUGGCACUGAUGUGACACACACUGCACAGACACGCGUUUCUUCAUUUUCAAGUUAUUUAAAAUAGUACACUGACACUUUCAUUUAAAAAUAAAGAGUUUGAUUUGUUAAUGUGAGAUAUGUUAACUUACAAAUGUGGCACUUUCUCGUCAUGGACUUUCUUUUUGCAGACUGGAAAAGAGUGAGUGGUUGAAAAAGAAACAAAAUGUAAGUGAGGGUUGUGUUUGCAGCCACGUCACAGUGCAAUAGAGACAUUUCAUAUUGUGUGAUUGUCAGGUGGCACUUUGAGCCUCAAAAUAUUGUUGGGAGUUAUGGAAUGGUCAUCGAGCCUUGCUGGCAAUUUGGAUAUAACUUUAAAAAAAAGAAGAUUUGAUUUCA